GUUUCUACCACGGGAUGAAGAGACCUCAAAGGCGCUCGCAUCCUUCAAGCAGGACUUCUAUCGCGUGAACACCACGGACAAGUACUGUGACAAGUCCGAGAAACAGACCUUGGAUUGUGUUCACCAAGAUCGAGCCAUGGUGGUGCUCAGCUCCGCCGGGCAAGGCGUCACGGAACGGCCUUG